GGGGGGCCGAAACCGAGGCCGAGACGCCGUGGUGGCUGCUGCUGGCUCUCUCCCUCCCUCAUUUCCCAUCGUGCCGAGGCGGGCGGCAUGGCGGAGAAGGAUGACACCCGAGUUUGACGAAGAGGUGGUGUUUGAGAAUUCUCCACUUUACCAAUACUUACAGGAUCUGGGACACACAGAUUUUGAAAUAUGCUCUUCUCUGUCACCAAAACCAGAAAAAUGCACAGCAACAGAGGAACAACAAAAGUCUCCUUCAAGAACUCAGCCAAAACGAGGCAUCCUGUUAAAAGUGGCUGAAACCAUCAAAAGCUGGAUUUUUUCUCAGUCCAGUAAGAAAGAUGACUUACUUCACAAGUUGGAUGUUGGAUUCCGACUCGACGCACUACAUACCAUCCUGGAACAGGAAGUCCUGCUACAGGAGGAUGUGGAGCUGAUUGAGCUGCUUGAUCCCAGCAUCCUGUCUGCAGGGCAAACACAGCAACAGGAAAAUGGACACCUCCCGACUCUCCGCUCCCUCGCAACCCCUAGUAUUUGGGAUAUCUCAGUGCUCUUUGCCAUCAUUAGUUUGCUCGUUAUGCUUCCCAGCUGGUGGAUUCUGUCUUCCUGGCUGGUAUGGGGAGUGAUUCUCUUUGUUUAUCUGAUUGUAAGAGCUUUAAGAUUAUGGAGGACAGCCAAAUUGCAAGUGACCCUCAGAAAAUACAGUGCCCGUUUGGAAGAUACAGCAGCAAAUAGCCGGGCUUUUACUAACCUCGUGAGAAAAGCUUUACGUCUCAUUCAAGAAACUGAAGUUAUUUCCAGGGGAUUCACACUUUUGCUUGACAGGGUCAGUGCUGCUUGCUCAUUUAAUAAAUCUGGACAGCAUCCAAGCCAGCAUCUCCUCGGUCUCCGGAAAGCUGUCUACAGAACUGUGAGAGCCAACUUCCAAGAAGCAAGGCUGGCUACCCUGUACAUGCUGAAGACCUACCCCCUGAACUCUGAGAGUGACAACGUAACCAACUACAUCUGUGUGGUGCCUUUCAAGGAGUUGGGCCUGGGGCUUAGUGAAGAGCAGAUUUCGGAGGAGGAAGCACAUAACCUGACAGAUGGCUUCAGCCUGCCUGCCCUGAAGGUUCUGUACCAACUCUGGGUAGCACAAAGUUCAGAAUUCUUUCGACGAUUAGCCCUGUUACUUUCUACAGCGAACUCACCUCCCGGGCACUUACUUACUCCAGAACUUUUGCCUCAUCGUGUUUUAUCUGAUGUGACUCAAGGUCUACCUCAUGCUCAUUCUGCCUGCUUGGAGGAGCUUAAGCGCAGCUAUGAGUUCUAUCGGUAUUUUGAAACCCAGCACCAGUCAGUACCCCAGCGUUUAUCCAAAACUCAACAGAAGUCAAGAGAACUGAACAGCGUUCACACAGCAGUUCGAAGCCUACAGCUCCAUCUGAAAGCGUUGCUGAAUGAGGUAAUAAUUCUUGAAGAUGAACUUGAAAAACUUGUUUGUACUAAAGAAACUCAAGAAGUAAUGUCAGAGGGUUAUCAAAUCCUAGAACAAAAAUUAAAGUUGAUUCAGCCUCAUGUUCAAGCAAGUAAUAGUUGCUGGGAAGAAGCCAUUUCUCAAGUGGACAGACUGCUUCGAAGAAACACAGAUAAAAAAGGCAAGAUGGAAGUGACCUGUGACAACCCCGGCUGUGUGGUGGGCACCCCAGCACAGCCUACUCUACACAUUGCAGACCAAGAUCCAAUCCCGGAGGAGCAGGAAUUAGAAGCAUAUGUAGACGAUAUAGAUAUGGACAGUGAAUUUAGAAAAGAGGAUUUUUAUUUCUUGUCUCAAGAAGAUAGAGAGAGACAGAAACGUGAACAUGAAGAGUCCAAGAGGGUACUCCAGGAAUUAAAAUCUGUGCUGGGAUUUAAAGCGUCAGAGGCAGAAAGGCAGAAGUGGAAGCAGCUUCUCUUUAGUGAUCACGCUGUGUUGAAAUCCUUGUCUCCUGUAGACCCAGUGGAACCCAUAAGUAAUUCAGAGCCAUCAGUGGAUUCAGAUAUGGGGGAAGUUGGUAAACAUGAUAUGGAAGAGGAAAAUAGUAAACCCUCCACAAGUGGCAAUGAAAUAAAUAGUAGGACUGAGUAUUUAUGUGAAAACCCUCUAGAUGGUAAAAAUAAAGACAAUUCUGCAAAUAAACUCUUCCUCCAAGAAACUGAAGAAAGCGUGUGUUACCAGUGCGAGAGUGAAGAUGAAUCACAGCAGACAGAUGUAGGUGCACUGGCAACUGCUCAUCCAGCACCCAGGGACGCGGUCCAGACCUCCAUCAAGCAGAGGCUGGCACGGCUCCAGCUGUCACCGGAGUUCACCUUCACUGCGGGCCUCGCUGCAGAAGUGGCUGCUAGAUCUCUCUCCUUUACCACCUUACAGGAACAGACUUUCGGUGAUGAUGAUGAUGAUGAGGAGGAGGAGGAGAAGGAGGAACAAAUAAUAGAAGAAACUAAAGAUGAGGUAGAAGAAGAGUAAGAACCAAAAUUCACACAAAGGAUUUUAUAUUGAAAAUUCAUUUUAUGAAAUGUGUUUUAGCUUCAUGGCUAGAUAGGCCACUGGAAAGGGAAAGUAAGUGCAAAAUUUUACUGUAUCUAAAAACCAAGAUGUGAAUUUACAUCAGUUUGAACAACUGAUCUGAAUCAUAAUCUCCUGUAAAUGACAGGUCUGUUAGAAAAAAAUCACAGAAAGGUAAGGGCUCUUUUGAAUGAACUGCUAUUUUAUUUGCAGCAUAACGGAUCGAUCUUGGAAAUUCUUUGAGUACUUUUAAUAAGAAAUAAAUUUAUUAUUUCUUGCCAGAAUUUGCUACCAGAAAAUGACAGGAUAAUUCUGAUGCAAGAAAGUUAACAUUUAAUAAGACUCCUUUAUACUGUAUUCUUGCAGUUAAUAACUGCAGCUUUUAUGUUAGUAACAAGUUGUUUGUAUUUUAUUUUUGUUUAUACCAAUCAAAGAUACAGGCUCUAAAUAAAAAAAACUUGAAUUCAUACAAUUGAUGUGUGCUGGGAUUUGGAGUUUGGA